CGAAGAGCCGAGCCGAGCGGCGCGGGGCGGGGGGGGGAGGGCGGGAGGAGAAGGAGGAGGAGGAGGAAAAGAAGCGGGGUGUCGUGGGAGGCUGAGCGUGCAGGCAGCCCGGAGGACGCCGCCGCGAGAAGGAAAGGCUUGCGGGGAGGAGGGAGGGGACGCGGGAGAAAGAGAAGCUGGAGGAAGAGUGAAGGAGGCAGGCAGGCAGGCAGGAGAGAUGAGCGCUCGGUUCCUCAGGAGCAACGAGGAGGAGCAGCGGGAGCAGCCCCAGCCUCUGCGGCCGUGGUUGUCGUCGUCGUCGUCUCUGCCAUGCGAAUGAACUGAGGCGAAGCCCCCUUCGCCGGCUCGGCCCGGCUCGGCCUACUCCAGUGCUGUCCUUCCAACCCCCUUCUUCUGAUAGCCGCCUCUCCUCCUGGCUCGCCUGGGCUGAAAGAUUUGAAAGAAUACAUCAUGGGAGCUUUUCUAGACAAGCCAAAGAUGGAGAAGCACAAUGCCCAAGGGCAGGGCAAUGGACUACGCUAUGGGUUAAGUAGCAUGCAAGGUUGGCGAGUUGAGAUGGAGGAUGCACAUACAUCUGUGAUCGGCCUGCCCAAUGGACUUGAUGGAUGGUCUUUUUUUGCUGUGUAUGAUGGACAUGCUGGAUCCCAAGUUGCCAAAUACUGCUGUGAGCAUUUAUUGGAUCACAUCACAUGCAAUCAUGAUUUUAAAGGAUGCGGUGCUUCACCAUCUGUGGAAAGUGUGAAGACUGGAAUCAGAACAGGUUUUCUGCAGAUCGAUGAACAAAUGAGGCUACUCUCAGAAAAAAAACAUGGUGCAGACAGAAGCGGGUCAACAGCCGUGGGAGUCUUGAUUUCUCCCCAUCACACUUACUUUAUCAACUGUGGAGAUUCUAGAGGUUUACUUUGUAGAAAUACAAAGGUUUAUUUCUUUACACAGGAUCAUAAACCAAAUAAUCCACUGGAGAAAGAACGUAUACAAAAUGCAGGUGGUUCAGUGAUGAUUCAGCGUGUGAAUGGAUCUCUGGCUGUAUCUAGAGCACUUGGGGAUUUUGAUUACAAAUGCGUUCAUGGGAAAGGCCCCACAGAGCAGCUUGUCUCUCCAGAACCUGAAGUGUAUGAAAUUGAGAGAUCAGAAGAAGAGGAUCAGUUCAUCAUAUUGGCUUGUGAUGGUAUCUGGGAUGUUAUGGGAAAUGAAGAGCUGUGUGAAUUUGUCAGAUCAAGGCUUGAAGUCACUGAUGAUCUUGAAAGAGUUUGUAAUGAGAUAGUUGACACCUGCUUGUACAAGGGUAGCCGAGACAACAUGAGUGUGAUACUGAUCUGUUUUCCAAAUGCACCAAAGGUAUUACCGGACGCAGUGAAGAGAGAGACAGAGCUGGACAAGUUCCUGGAAAGCAGAGUAGAAGAGAUCAUAAAGAAGCAGGGUGAAGGAGUACCAGACUUAGUCCACGUCAUGCGUACAUUGCAAACCGAGAGCAUCCCAAAUCUUCCACCUGGGGGUGAAUUGGCAAGCAAACGGAGUGUGAUUGAAGCCAUUUAUAACAGACUGAAUCCUUAUCGGAAUGAUGAAGCUGACUCUGCAACAACUGAUGAUAUGUGGUAAAAUGCCAUCUAAGCUGUGGAAUUAGCACCAAUUCUCCUAAUGGAAAAACUUACCCAACCAACAAUGAUCCUUCUUAGCAUCCAUUUCAUACAUGCUUGAAGGGAAGUGAUGUUGGUAUUAGUGAAUACAUCAGAAAACAGCAGUUCAACACUUAUCCCAGGAAUAAUCUUGUUUUUGUGUGUGAAGCAAACUUCUGUAAAAGUGAUACUGAAACUAUGAUGCUGUAAAUUGGACUCCAAGCAAUUUUAUGUUGUAUGAUUUUGUUUUGUAAAGUGCAGUUGUGGUUGUCCAGAAUGCUUAUUUCAUAAUGAGCUGUUUUACAUCGUAAAUGAAAGGCUUGGUUUGUUGUUUAACGCAACAGUACUCUAGCUCUUUCUCUUUGUUUUUGUGAUUCUGGAUUGCUGGGAGUAGCAACCUAGCCAGUAAAAUACUCAGGAGGUGCAUGAAAAUUUUGUAAAGGAAAUUUGAUAAUAAAAGCAGAUUAUUGUAACUGUAAUAUGGAAAAUAACUGGAACACAGUUAAUUUUCCUUCAGACUUUAAUUGUUUUUUUAUCUUAAAAUUAUGGCAGAUCUAAAAGUCCCACUGAAAUGUGUGAAAGAUUUCAGCAAAAGAAGAAAAGUUCACCAACUUUACAAGAUGGCUAUUAAAUAGAUCAUGGGAGCUAAAAACUUUUGUGAAUUGCACCUUUUUUUAGAGAAAACUUUUACCUUCAAUUAAGUAUCAAUUAUGUUAAGAGAUGGUAUCUUUCUAUAUUUAGUAGGAGCAUGCACCAUUUUAUUAGCCUGAUUGGCUGGAUUGGCUGCUGUUCCAAGUAAAAAUUCUUUUAAUUCCAUUUUAUCAAUAAAGCUUGAUUUAACAAGAAAUUUAACAAGAAAUGUGUAACUCUUUCUCUUUCCUUUUGUCUUCUGAAAUGUUCAUAAAUAAAGUGUCAUGUUGAUAAAUAUUUUUAUUAAAACAGUUGCCCAUUUAUGAAAUGGGAAGAACUCUUGACUGUGCCCGAGGCACAAAUGGAGUUUAUUUUCUAAUUAGUGGGCAUAAUAUGCUUUGAGAAACAGAAUGAUCUUGUUACCUGAGUUUUAUUUCAAGAUUUUAGUUUGAUAGCAUUCUAUGAGCAUAGUGUAUACUUGCUUCUUAACGAAAACUAAUUUGUCAGAGAGCCUGACAAUUUUAUUUUGACUGAACAGUAGGUGUGAUUUGAAGUGCAUAGAUUCAGAAUAUUUAAUUGUUGAGUUUAAUUUGCUUUAAAAAAAAAUGAAAUAAUAAAACUAAUUUGACUUGAAUUUUCCUCUACUGAAAACAAGAUAACUUGAUUAUGUGUUUGCAGAACUACUGUUUUACGCACCUUGUAUUUUCUUUUUGUUUUUUUCAGUUGAGGAUAUUGCAUGAUCAUUAUGUAUUUCUUUAAACUUUCAGCCAACUGAUGCCCCUCCAAAGGAAAAUCAACAAAAUAUAUAAAUAGAUAGUAACAAUGUAGCUAGUGUUUUUUAAAAGGUGUAAAACAUACCUUUUUAUAGGAAGCAAUGUACAACUCACGUUUAUAUCCCUCUUUCCCUAAUUUUCAGAUAUACAUUUGUUUGUAUAUAGAGCCUUAAAACUAUUGCAGUUAGGAAAUGUUGAAAAAGUAAUGUCUAAGGAUUGUUAUUAUUAUAAUCACAAAUAUUUUAUUUCUCUUGUUUGGUUGUUUAAUAUCAUUGUAUUCAGUUUCUAUUCCUUUGAAGCAUGAAUGAAGAAAACAUAAGCACUAUUUGUAUUUAUAAAUUUAGAGCAGCUUAGGUAAAGCAGCAGUCCCUCAUCUACCUACAUUAAAUGCUUAAAAUACAGUUUUGUUGAGUUCAGGCAAUAAAAUUGUUAAGUAUAACCGUAUACACCUAAUUAAGAGGCUAUAUUUGAAGUACUAAUCAAUUAACAAGAAUGGGUUGGUUUUAGAGUUAGAAACAAAACUCAGAUCAUUAUUUUUUGUGUAUAUUGAAGUAUACACAUAUGUAAAAGGUGGCAAAAACUCAGAUCAGAAACAAGUUUUUAAAAUUCUCAAAUGGAAAGCCAUAUGAUUAAUAUUAUUAAUUGUAAUAAUAGCACAUGUUUAAAAUUUGGUGUUGAUGCAACGUCUUAAAAGAAAGAUGAGAACAGUUAUUCUGCUAUUGUUUACCAUCGUUCAUAAAAGUAUGAAUUGACAGAAAAGAGGUACAGCAGUUGUACAUUGGCCUAACUACGCUUGACUCUUUAAUGGGGUCAAGGCACUGUGUUACUAGACUUUAUUAUUACACAGCAAU